AUUUAAAACAAUUCUAAAAUAAAUGUGCGAAUAAAAGAAAUUAAACUCAACGGGUGUUAGCUGAUGUAAAAAUAAGCCCGGUAAAGCGUUGUGUAAGCGGGUUUUGUGCCGGGGCUGACGGAGAGGACGGGGGAAGCUCUCAAUCACAGUUGAAGAUGGCGGCUCUGCGAGCGGCGGUGUUGUCGGGGUGCGGGAGGACCCUCCUUAGUGCCCCCAAAACCAUCCACACUUCCCGGGCCAGCAUGUCCUUUGCCAGCCUGUCCCGUGGGAGGAAGGUGGCUCUCUCCACGCUGGGCGUGCUCGCCGCAGGGGGAGCUAGCUUGGCCCUUGCCCUUCACCAUUCUGUCAAAGCCUCUGACCUGGAGCUCCAUCCUCCAAGCUACCCCUGGAGCCACGGCGGCAUGCUGUCCUCACUCGACCAUGCCAGUGUCCGCCGUGGUUAUCAGGUGUACAAACAGGUGUGUGCAGCCUGCCACAGCAUGGAGUACCUGGCCUUCCGUAAUCUGGUUGGGGUGUCGCACACAGAGGCUGAGGCGAAGGCUCUGGCUGAAGAGGUUGAAGUAGUGGAUGGUCCUGACGACAAUGGAGAGAUGUUCACCCGUCCUGGCAAGCUUUCAGAUUAUUUCCCCAAACCGUACCCCAACCCCGAGGCUGCCAGAGCAGCCAACAAUGGAGCCCUGCCUCCUGAUCUCAGCUACAUCGUCAAUGCCAGGCACGGCGGUGAGGAUUAUGUCUUCUCCUUGCUGACUGGGUACUGCGACCCCCCAGCGGGAGUAUCUCUUCUGGAGGGCGUCUACUACAACCCCUACUUCCCGGGACAGGCCAUUGGAAUGGCGCCCCCCAUUUACAACGAGGUCUUGGAGUACGAUGAUGGUACCCCAGCUACCAUGAGUCAAGUAGCUAAAGACGUGUGUACUUUCCUGCGCUGGGCUGCAGAGCCCGAACACGACCAGCGCAAACGCAUGGGGCUGAAGCUGCUCAUGGGUUCCGCUAUCCUCGUGCCCCUGGUUUACUAUCUGAAGAGACACAGGUGGUCAGUGUUGAAGAGCAGAAAGAUUGCCUACAGGCCACCUAAGUAAACUGCACCCUCCAAGCUGCCUGUCCUUACUUCAGCUCAGAUGGAGCAAAAACAUUUUUUUUUUUUUUUUUUUUUUUUUAAAUCUUCCAAAAAAAACAAACAGUAAAAAUCAGUAGCGGAGCGUAGUUUUGUCUUCAUGUGUUUUCAAGGCGACGGUCUUUCCCUUCACUUGCUGCUACACAUCCCCAUGACAAACAGACACACGCCAUGGUUAAAGAACACAUGUUUUAAAUAACUGUCAAUUACUGUCAAAUAACAGUAACUUCUUAAGAAAAAAAGGAAUCGAUAUGAAAUGUUUUGCAUUCUUUGUUUUGGGAAUAUGGCUGCUCCAGCUGCUGUUGGUAAUGCAGUGAUCUCAAUUGAUCUGCCCACUGAUGUGAGCUGUGGACGCUGUAUCUUAAAGCUUCUGUACAC